AUGAAGAUCUGGGUGAUAGGCCACAGCAUUGUCCAUUGGGCAGCAGAAGCAGAAGCAGAAGGUGCCCGCAAAAGCAUUUCACCUAAUUUCUUAGGCUGCAGAUUCAAUACUUCACCACUGAUGCCACUGAAUUUGUUGCUUUCCCCCACAGAAGAAAGUGUAUUACUUUUUUUAAAAAAUGGGAAAGAUUGUCAAAUCUAAUUUUAAUUUUCAAGAACAAACAUAGUUAAUAUAAGGAUUAGCCAAGAGAUUUAUUUUAAAUGUUAAGGUUUUUUUUAAAAAAUAGAGAACAAGAACAAUAUUGCAAAAGUCACAAACUUAGUAAAAUUAUAUCUGCAUUUUUUUAGUUAGAGAGAGAGAGAUCUUUGACUUCUGUCACACACAAAUAUUCAGAUUUGUAUCAGGCACCAUCAUGGCCUAAGGCAGGCUUCCUCAAACUCGGCCCUCCAGAUGUUUUUGGCCUACAACUCCCAUGAUCCCUAGCUAGCAGGACCAAUGGUAAGGAAUGAUGGGAAUUGUAGUCUCAAAACAACUGGAGGGCCGAGUUUGAGGAAGCCUGGCCUAAGGCACAUCUCCUCUUUUUAAAACCACACUAUUUGGAAUAUUUGAGCUUUUCUUUUUCAUUGAAAGAGCACCUUUUGAAAAUCACUAUGAAAAAAUUAAGCAUAAUGAAUGUGCUAGGAGAAAGACUGAGGGGAGAUGAACUAGUUGAGGAUAUCGAUUAUAUAGUUUAAGCUGCACCUCUUAAAGUGCAUGUUUAAACAUCUCAAAAACAAUUUCCAUACCGAUGGAGACUGGGGAAGAUCUCUACCUGAAAGACUUGUUGGAAAAGGAAGGUCUUCUGUAGACACUAGAAAGGCAACAGAGAUGCGCCUGUCUAAUAUUCAAGGGAAGGGAAUUCCAAAAGGUUGGGGCCACAACACUAGAGACCCAAUUCCUACACCGUACAGAACAGACCUCCUGAGAAGAUAGUAUCUUCAGGAGGCCCUCACCUGCAGAGUGUACUGAUCAACUAGGUAUAAAAGGGGUGAAACAAUAUUUCAGGUAUCCUGGUUCCAAGCUGUAUGGGGCUUUCUACAUCACAACCAGCACCUUGAACAUAGCCCCAUAGCUAAUUGGAAUUCUCUCCAAUUCCUAAUAUAGACUGAGAUCAGCAAAGGCCACAGAAAAGAGGGUAGUCAAAUCUCCAGAAUUGCUUAUUUUUAUUUAUUGAAUAAUCUGCUCACAUUUCUAACUCCAGGGAGCUGGCAUGCACAUGGUUCCCAUGCCGUCUCCCAUCCAGGCACUGACUAGAACCAGACCUGCUUAGCUUCAGCAAGGUGCUGUCCUCAUGUAUACCUCCAGACCAUACCCUGAGUUUUGUACAGCGGGAUCAGUGUGAUAUGAUUCCAGAUGUGUUUUGGAAGAGGUAGAAGCCAGGGCGGGGAGGCACAUUCCCAUGAGCCACGCUCUAGGUUACCUACAAAUGAUUCAAUCUUUUGUUUCCAAUUCCUUUCUUGCUUUUCCCAAUUGUUCUUUUAUUUCUAGGAAGACGACUAAAGAAUUUCAGGGAAAGGUGUCUGGGUAAGAGCUCUCCAGAUUUCUGUACAAACUCGGCGUAUAUAUUUGUUUCCUCCUAAAAAAACCAUUAAAAUGCACGACAUUAAGGAAAAUCAGGAAAAAGGCUUCAUGUUGUUGGGAGAAAAAGUCAUUUGGAAACUGCUGCUUAAUAAAAUAAACACAAAAUUAAUUUCACGAGAGGCUCUUUCUGUGAAACGUUGCCUCUUUCGCUGCAGUGCUGGUGAUAAGUAUUCUUUAAACAUGGAAAUUACCACUGUAGAACUGCCAGUGUGUGAUCUCAGAUCACUCUUUUGGCUUUGAAAUCUAAGCCUAAUAGAUAUCCUGCCAAGUUCUUCAAUAAUAGAAUCCAAGAAAACUUAGCUUGUGCUCAGCUCUCGCUUCGCAUGGGGCGACGCCUACAUACCUGAAGAGGUGGGCUCUCGCAAAAUGAAAAAGGGAAAGGGAAUGUCUUUGCAGAUUUCCUCAUUUGCUGCCCAGCUGUAGCGCUGUGUAUUUGAAGCAAUCAAAGAAGAAUAAAGUGAAGUAAGCAGCUGUAUGGGAAUAUAGGCACAUUUGGAAGAUGCUCCAAUUGUGUGUUUAUUCCUAAAUGCAGUGCGAGUGCAGUGUGACUAAUUACACCACAGAGGAAAGCAGAAGCUCUCAAGUUAAAGUAUUUGGAUAAUCAUGUUUACUGCGGGAAAAGUACAGCGGCAUUAAAUAAGUCAAAACACAGCGCGUCAGAUUUGGAAUGGCUCCAUUGGUACUGCAAGACAGAGUAAGGAUGCCGAAAUGAUAUGAGUCUCAUUUGUCUAACUAGAGGAACUACCAGGAAAGAUAAACCAUCUGCUCCGACUAACUCGGCCCUACUUGAAAAUGAUAAUUGUGUGGAAAGAGAAGGAGCACAUCUCCCUCCCUCCCACCCAAUCCUUUAUUUUACUGUUUAACUUGUCAGGUUGCAUGCUUGCAACUUGCCCAAGAGAAGAUGACCACAACAAAUUUUUAAUAAUAAUAAUAAUGCAGACUUUCUUAUUCAGUCCAUAGCUUGCUUAAACAUGCUUCAGAGAGUACCUCACACAUCCAUUUAUAUAGCCAAGAUACUAAAUCCACUCAUAAAGCAAUCGAGACCAGUGGCUGAUAGUCAUACCGUUCCACAGACUUAAGACAGAAAAGAGAGGUGUAAAAAAUAAUUUGGGUAGGCUAUAGCAGGGCUGUCCAACAGGUCGAUUGCAAUAUACUGGUUGAUUGUGGGUUGUCCCUGGUCGAUCCUUGUCGAUCUUUGAACCCCCAUCAAAAUGUCCCCCCAAAAGCUUCCUAAAAAAAAGCUCAGCAACUACCCAUCUACAAUGGGUAGAUCACUGCCAGUUUUUUAAUACUGUGAGUAGAUUGCAGACUCUUGGAAGCUGAGCUAUAGGAUCACAGGAAAUUGCCUUAUACCAGGCUAGAAUAUUUUUCCAGUGUUGUCAGGAACUGAACCUGGGAGCUCCUUUAUGAAAGCUCAUUGGAGGCUGGUCCAUUAGGGUUACUGAGCACCAAUCUACCAGCCUUAGUCUGCCUCAACUGGCCUGCCUUGAUGCUUACAUCCAGUUCAAGGCAUUGCACUGGCUGUCUAUUUGCUUCUCCUUUGUUUGGGGCAUGGAAUAUUAGAACUACUCUUCAGCUGAACACAUCCAAGUGAGAGAGAAAGCUUUCUCCUCACAUCUACUAAGAGACACUUAUUUAUAUCUUCCACUGAACUGGAAGUUUAUCCAAUCAGGUUGUGCAGAAAGGGUUGUUCAGCCAAUAUGGCAAAGGAUUUGGAAAGCUAGCCAGUCACCGAAGACUAGGUUAAAUAGAUGUUCUCACACAAAUAUGGAUGAUUUCAUCCUGCUUACACGGCACAGGACACAUACCUGAUUAUUUGUGUGAUAUGGGACUGAACACACACCAUUAGCUGUCAAAAAGUGGAUGCUUAAGAUCUGGGUGGAGAUUUUGGAUGAUAGACAAAAAUAGAGCUUAAAAAACUCCACUGGCCACAUAAUUUUUUUUUCUGCUUUGUUGUUCCAAGAAACUGAAAUAAUCACAGGAGGAAGUCAACAGUGUGAUAAGGCUAUCACUCCAUCAUCAAUGCAAGCAUUUGGCCUUGCCAGACAAAACAAGACCCAUUGCACAAGCAGAAAUCCUUGUGCAGAACUUCUGCAGACAAGACAAUUAUCAUGUUACCUGAGAAGGAAGGCCCAUAGACAAGCACUUUAAAAAUGCCGAUAGCUCUAUUAUUCCUUUGAUAUACUUUUCAUUUUGCCUUCAAACAAGGAUGAACUCUAAUCAUCUCCUGUGACUCCCUCGUUUCAGAGAUCUGGUCUGUUCCAUUUUGCCAGAACUCAAAUUUGAAAAAGUUCUUCGCCAACCGUAACAGGGAACCAGGUAUGGCAGGUUUAUGCAACCUGGACUCUCUAGAUCAGAACAUGGGAGCUUGUAGAUCUUCCAAUGUUGCUGGACUACAAUUCCCAUCAUCCCCAAUCAUUGCUCAUGCAAUGGAGUUGGUCCAAUAAAAUUUGGAGGGCCACAGGUUUCACAUGCCCACUCUGGAUACAAAAAGCACAAACCAUGUAGAGUUGGCUGGAUACAUUACAGCUAUGCAAUAAUUUGUGCUCCUGCCUCCAACAAUAUUGGGAAACACUUAAAGGGAUGGGGUGGAAAUUAGUUCAGUUUGCAAGUCUCCUUAAUGUCUGGUUAUAGAAUCAAUAUGCUAACUCAAAUGCAGCCGCUCUUCAAAAUUUGCACCUUUCCAAAUUUUACAGUGCGUUCCUCCAACUUGAAAUUAUGUAAAGAAAAAUGCUGAUAUUAGGGGACAGUGUGUACAGAUAUGUGCAUAUUAGUAAAAAAAAUGUACAAAAUUCAACAAGUAGUUGCAAGGGUCAUCUUCUAAUCCAAUCACAUGCAAUGCAGGAAUCAUAGCUAAAGAAUCCCUAACAGAUGGCCAUCCAACCUCUGUUUAAAAUCUUCCAAUGAAGGGGAGUCCAUCAUCUUCCAAGGUAGUCCAUUCCACUGCUGGACAGCUCUUACCAUCAGAAAGUACUUCCUAAUGUACAUGAUAAUGUACCUAGAAUUGUGGAGUUGGGAUCUCCUUUCCAACAUUGGCUCCCAGUACGUUUCCGAGCACAAUUCAAAGUGUUGGUUUUGACCUUUAAAGCCCUAAACGGCCUCGGCUCAAUAUACCUGAAGGAGCGUCUCCACCCCCACUGAGGUCCAGCGCCGAGGACCUUCUGGCAGUUCCCUCACUGUGAUAAGCAAAGUUACAGGGAACCAGGCAGAGGGCCUUCUUGGUAGUGGCACCCGCCCUGUGGAACACCCUCCCACCAGAUGUCAAAGAGAACAAAAACUACCAGAGUUUUAGAAGAUGUCUGAAGGCAGCCCUGUUCAGGGAAGUAUUUAAUGUGUGACAUUUUAGCUGAUUUCCGGGGUGGCGCCAUCGGUAAUGGCGGACUCCCUCUGAUCCGGAGGGACUAGCUCUACGGGAAUCAGGUCUGUUCCGCUACGGCGAAGCGGGGACCCUUGAAAAAAUCACAGGCGGGUGAAGCCUGUGACCGUGGGACUCGGCGGGCACCUUUUGCGCCCCCCAAUCUGCAAAGGAGCCCGAUUACGGGCUCCGGAGUGAAGCGGGGAAGCGGCGCGGUGCUGAGAGUCAACUGCUUCUUCCGUGGAGCAAAGCCGCACAGCCGUUGCCGGAGAGCGCUACCUUUUUCCUGUGACAAUUUGGCUACAAAACAACUACCCGUGAGUAGGUUAAUUUGGGAAAUAAAGGAGAACAAAGACGUAAUUUGAUACCGAAGCGGGGAGGCAUAAACAGGAAGUCUGCCUUCCAUUCUUUGUAAAUAGAGCAAAGCAAUGAACUUGUAAGCUAAAACCUUGUAAGACACUUGAAAAGGACUAUAAUUCUAACAUCAAAACAAGCGAUUUCCCCCCUUGGCUGCAGGAGAGGAGGGGGGAAAGGUGUGAACUGUAUUUCCCUGCAAAAAGAGAGAAAAGGAAGCUAAAAUCCACCGCUUAAAACCUGGGAACGGGCUGCCAAUGGACAAUAAGAAUGCUGUACUGUGAAAUGCGCUGUUGCUGAAUAGAGUACUUUUUGACAGCUAACUCUGCAAGUGAUAUACAAUGUUUCUGGCUGGUUUCUCCUGGUUUUAAAGAAACUGGAAAAUAACUGAAAUUGAAACUGUCGUCUAUUUUGUGAAUUGGGGGAUAAAAAAAAAGGUUAUUUAUUUUAAGGCAACAACUUCUGACUGCUACUGUGUCCCCCUAGAGGAAAUUUAAAUUGUUACAACAACAACUGGGCCAGGGGAAUUUUCCACUUCAAAACAAAUUCUGGCCGUGGGACUGACCUUGGGCUUUAACUAGAGUGUUAUGGCAGAUGGAAAGGAGAAGAUAGAUUUGCCUCAGGAAAAAACAACGAGGUCUGGUAGAUCAUUUCGCCCAGACGCUGGGCUGCAGCGAAGAGCAUCAACAUCUGGCCCCUCUGUCCCAUUAUCAGGAGCUGCAUUUGCACAACCUAAACCUAAAGGAAUGGCAUCCGAAGAUGUUUUAGCUCAGGCAUUAGGCAAAAUUAAUGAAUCUUUGGAAAAACUAAGUAAACAAGUAGCUGAAGCAUCAAUUAAAAUUGAUCAAAAUACUACAAGUAUCAACAAUUUGGGACAGAAGGUAAAUACUAAUACAGAAACUAUUGAGAAGCUGCUACAGGAAUCUACUUUGACCCGAAAGACAGCUGAAGAAGCAAAGGAAAUAGCAGUUUCUGUAGAAGAGAAGAUACCACCGAUACACAGGCAACUUGAAGACCACAGGUCGAUAUUGUCUAUGAUUGAAUUGAAGGAGAAACAAACGAAUUUGAGGAUCAGGACCGUACCUGAACUUGAAAAAGACAAUCUGACUGACUUUCUUAUGCAAGAAUUUGCAGGCUUUUUAAUGGAUGUAUUUUUAAUCUUUGUUGGAAGCCGCCCAGCGUGGCUGGGGAAACCCAGCCAGAUGGGUGGGGUACAAAUAAAUUAUUAUUAUUAUUAUUAUUAUUAUUAUUAUUAUUAUUAUUAUUUCCUUUCUUGUAAAUUGAAUCCAUUGGUUGGACCUAACACAGAGAAGUGGUCUCUUCUCUGUCACUUCCAUAGGACCAGGAUGUGAUUCUGCAAAGCACUCAGCCUAUUCACUCUCCCUGUUGAAAGCAUUUUGGGAGCUGGCAUCAAGACAAAUAGAUAGUCAUCCUUCAAGGCAUAUCCUUUAAAAAAAUCCCCCUCCUUUCUAGCUACACAGUGGAUGUACCUUGUUGCUUUUGAAAAUGUCUCACCGGGCUUUUCAGUAGCGACAUUUACCUCUGCAAACAGCAAUAAUGCACUGCGAGGGAUGAGGGCAGCAGUGUGUGUGUGUGUGUGUGUGAACAGGACCCUAUUGUUUCCUUACCGAAAUUAAAAGCCAUUUGUGAGCAUUUAUGCGAGAUCCAUCCUUGCCUCCAAGAACGCUAACCUACCAUUUGUGCAACUACCAUACAGCCUGGGGGGGGGGGGAGGAAAUAAUACUUUGUCAAAUGCAUCUCAAUCAGAUUCAAAAGGGCCAGGUGUUCAACUUAAGAGCAGCAGGGAAUUUUUUCCCUGUAUUGUUGUGUUUUUAUUUAUUUAUUUUUGGGGGGGGGGGGAAAGAGGCUUCAGAAUCAACCCAAUUAUUACAACGGUGAAUAAAAAACCGUUUCUGAGAAAUACUUCUGGUGAGGGAGCAGUGCUCUAGAAAAUUUGAUAAUCCUCUGUGUGCAUCACAAACCCCAGAUGGCUAGGAUAGUUAAGUGGAUGCUAUAAUAACAGUCACUAUGAGCAUCCAUUCAGUACUCUACAAGAUGUGAAACAUUAUGAAAGUGUGGGUGUUGUUCAACACAGAACUUUAGAGAAUCUUUAGCCUUCUUCCAUAUGAGAGAAAAACACAUCACAUCGACAGAUGGUGGGAAAGAUUAAUUUGGGUUACAUAAUAUGUACCUUGGACUAAUGUUCAGAUAAGGUCAAUAAGAGCUACGGUGACCCAGUUCAGAUUACCUUUUCCCUGCGUAUGAUGGUGUCACCCUCAUUUAGGGUUGCCAUAUUUCAAAAAGUAAAAACCAGGGACUCCCCGAAAGUUGGGUUUUUUUAGCAGAGUGUGUCCUGCUGAAAAUCUCUAGUCUGCGAAAAUCAAAGUCAUGCAACCCACUUCUGCAAAUGGAGGGCGAGAUUGACCUCAAUUAAGUUUUGCAUAUGUGCACCCUGUUCAAACACUGCAGCCUACACAGUGGUGCAGCUAGGUAAUUUUAGGCUAUACUUAUUGGAUUAACACCUAAACACACCGGUCUUUAAUUGGCAAUGUGUAUUUUUGUUGUUGUUUAGUCGUUUAGUCGUGUCCGACUCUUUGUGACCCCAUGGACCAGAGCAUGCCAGGCACUCCUGUCUUCCUUGCCGUGGCGAAGGGGCUUGAAUAACUCAGAGAAGCUAUGAGCCAUGCCGUGCAGGGCCACCCAAGAUGGACAGGUCAUAGUGGAGAGUUUUGAGCAAACGUGAUCCACCUGGAGCAGGAACUGGCAAGCCACUCCAGUAUCCCUGCCAAGAAAACCCCAUGCACAAAGACAUCAGGCAAUGUGUAUUAUAUCACUUAUUUCAAAAUGUGGUGAGAUGGCCCUGCUGUGUUUUUUUGGGGGGGGGCAUUCUGUCCUGGAAGCACCACAUUGAUGGUGCUGGUUGUUUGCAGCAUGGGACUCUUAAUCUCAGGGUUGUGGGUUCGAGCCCCACAUUGGGUAAAAGAUACCUGCAUUGCAGGGGGUUUGACUAGAUGACCCUUGUGGUCCCUUUCGACUUCACAAUUUUAUGAAAUAUGCCUGGUGAGCACUGCAGGGGCAGGAAGGUGUGAUAUUGCUCCCCCACUACAUGUAUGGAUAAGCUAAGGGACAGCAUCGCUCAAACUAGGCUGCUGUUUCGAAUUCAUCCAUUUGCUAUAGAAAAAAAGCCAAAGAAGAUACCAUCUUAUCUAUUCACAAUCCUCUCUGCUAUUCUGUUCUAGCUGAUGUUCACCAAAAAAUUUAAUGGAUUGAUUAGCUGAUUGGGUUUAUUUAUAUUUCACAGUGACCUGUGCCAAAAGCAGCUAACAGCAAACAUUCACAUCAAAUACAUUGGGGUGGGGAGAGCGAAGCCAGCUUACAAAACCUAUAAAUGCAUUCCAGUCAGUCAAAAAUCAACAACUGGCAAAUAAAUAAAUUUAAUGUUACCCAAAACACUAUACAGUGGUACCUCGGGUUACAUAUGCUUCAGGUUACAUACGCUUCAGGUUACAGACUCUGCUAACCCAGAAAUAGUACCUCGGGUUAAGAACUUUGCUUCAGGAUGAGAACAGAAAUUGUGUGGCGGCAGCAGGAGGCCCCAUUAGCUAAAGUGGUACCUCAGGUUAAGAAGAGUUUCAGGUUAAGAACAGACCUCCGGAACGAAUUAAGUACUUAACCCAAGGUACCACUGUAUUCUAGAUUUAAAUUCCUAAGUCCAAUAAAGGGAAUAAAAAAUAAAAUUCCCACUGCUGGAGCCGGUCUUACUGUGCUCCAAGCAGCCUCAACAGCCAAUCUGAUAGAUGUAUCUACUAAUCCAGGGGUCAGCAACCUGCGGUCCAUGGGCCACAAGCCGCCCAUGGGGGUCGUUUAAACAGCCCAUGAGCCGCCUCCCAAACCAAACUAAACUGGUGCCACACAGAGCGGGGACUCGCUUUUGCAGCGCCAGAAAUCACAUCUGCGCAGACGCAGAAAAUUGCAUCUGCGCAGAUGCGAUCCAGCCCACAGAGCGAUCUCCAUGGGAGGGAACCAGCCGAGGCGAGGUAAACCUUGCUGACCCCUGUCCUAAUCCCUACUUCCUGAUACACCAGCCUUGCUGGUUAAAGGAACAAAAUGGGAGCAUGGAGCAAGCUCAUUUUCUCCUGCGGAGGGUAUGACCUAUACCAACGGAUUCAAGUUACAAGAAAGGAGAUUCCAACUAAACACCAAGAAUAACUUUCUGACAGUAAGAGUUGUUUUGCAGUGGAACAGACUCCCACGAGAGGUGGUGGACUCUCCUUCCUUGGAAGUUUUUAAGCAGAGGUUGGAGGGCCGUCUGUCACAGAUGCUUUAGCUGAGAUUCCUGCAUUGCAGGGGGUUGGAGUAGAUGGGAAUCUCAACUCUAUAAUUCUGUGAUUCUUAUAGUUUUUCCAGCUGCAUUGGCUCCUGGUGGAGUACAGGGUCAGAUUUAAGGUGCCCUUUAAAGCCCUUCACAGCCUAGGACCCUCGUACCUACGAGACCGCCUCUCCCGGUAUGCCCCACGGAAGACCUUCAGGUCCAUAAAUAGCAACACCCUAGAGGUCCCAGGCCCUAAGGAAGUUAGAUUAGCCUCAACCAGAGCCAGGGCCUUUUCAACACUGGCUCCGGCCUGGUGGAACGCUUUGUCUCAUGAGACCAGGGCCCUGCGGGAUCUGAUUUCUUUCCGCAAGGCCUGUAAGACAGAGUUGUUCCGCCUGGCCUUUGGCUUAGAAUCAAUUUGACGCCCUCCCCCUCUUUCUUUCUUUUUCCCCUUUCUCCUCCUGUGAUGAGGCUGCAUUUUAAUUUUUUAAUGUUGUAUUUUAAUCUUGUUUUUUAAGUUGUAUUUCAAUCAACUUGUUGUUAUUGGUUGUUAGCCGCCCUGAGCCCGGUCUUGGCUGGGGACGGCGGGGUAUAAAUAAAAUUUAUUAUUAUUAUUAUUAUUACUCUAACUGAGUUGCUAGCACCGAAGUCCAGAAUCCUUCUGUCUUGGGACCAGGUAUUUUUAGUGCCGUUGUGUGUUAUCAUUGUGACGCUUGCCUGAUAAAGGCUAAGUGUAUGGGGAAGGGCUGUGGCUUAGCAGCAGAGCAUCUCCUUUGCAUUCAACUGAUCUCAGAUACAAUCCCUGGGACCUCGAGCUAGGCCUGGGAAUAUUCCCUGUCCAAAACCCCAGAGAGCAGCUGUCGCUUAGCAUAGACAGUCCUGAGCUAGAUGGGCCAAUGAUCUAAUUUGGCGUAAUAAUAAUUUUAUUAUUUGUACCCCGUCCACCUGGCUGGGUUGGCCCAGCCACUUUGAGUGGCUUCCAACAAAUUAAAAAGCCUAACUUUAAAAGCUUCCCUAUACAGGGCUGCAUUCAGGUGUCUUCUAAAAGUUGUAUAGUUACUCAUCUCCUUGACAUCACAUGGGAGGGCGUUCCACAGGGUAGGUGCCACUGCUGAGAAGGCCCCCUCUCUGUUUCCCUGUAACCUCACUUCUCGUAGUGAGGGCAGUAAGGAAGUUUCCUAUAAAUUAUUAGAAUCCAGGCAAUGCUUCUGGCAUCUUCCUAUUCAAGCCUUUGAAUGUUUAAACAGUGUACCAAAUCUUUCCUUAAAGAGUUAAUAUGUUGUAAAUUGUAUUUUUUUUUUAAUAAAGCCAGAGGGGGAAAUGGCCACUUUCUUUCAAAUUAUAGAGAACUCGCUUGUCUUUAUUGAGAUUUGAGUGUAUUUGCACUUUAAAAGCUUCUCCCCCCCACCCCACCCUGGACCCCACUCUUGGUAACAAUAGUGCAGGUGCGUUGCCCUUCAGUGUACAAUGUAUUUAUCCUGGAAGGCAGGAAGUUGGUUUCACACCUGUUUCUUCUUUCUGUUUGCUCUUGGCCGGGCUAAUUUGCUGAAUGUCAUGAUUGGUACAGCUGAGGCUGUCAAAGAGAAUUACCACUUUGCAACGUGACGGUCUAAUUCUGGCAGUUUGGAUCUUUGCAACAAUUUGCUUUUUUGUUCCUCCUUUUGGUAACGGUUCUUUGUUGUGUAAACAAUACAGAACAUAAACUACGAGUGGUAGCAAAGAAAAGACAGAGAAAUAGGAAGGGUGGGGGGCGCCCUCCUUCUCAGACAAAUGGUGUUUUUAUAUAGAUGUUAUAAUAGAUGAGAUUACAGGCUCGGCUCUGCCGAUGAUAUUAUUGCUAUGGGGAGAAGUAAAAAGGGGGGGGUUGGUACUGCCCCUGGAAAAUGCAAUCCAAUUUUCAUAACUUAUUUUCGCAGAUCAAGACAGAAUGGAGACUAAGAAGAAAGGCAGAAAAAUUGGAGGCCUGAAGUCGAGACAAGUUCCACUCCCUCCAGCUUCCCUACUGCAAGAUACCCACUCCCUUCUACAAAAUAACACGGGGGUCUUCAGAAAAGCUUGCAAAUGUGCUAUUCACGCUGCUAGCAAAACUACAUGGUUGUGA